AUGGGGGGUUCUUCUCGACAUAAAGGAGAAGGGUCGUCACAUACAAAGCAAUAUCAUCAAAAAUAUGGCAAUAAAAUUAACAAAAAAUUAGAUCUGCUAAAAGAGAAAAAUGGAUGUACUGGUCAUGAAAAGAGAGAAAUUAAUCCAAAUAGAAAAACACAGAAGGAGUUGAUUGACUAUUAUUUGGAGAAUCAUGAGACAUUCAGAUAUGCUAGCGAACAGGCAAAAAAUAAAAAUAUAAAACAAUUUUUUGAUCGCUUCGAAAAUGAGGAAUAUGAAGUAAAUAAUUAAUAAGUAGGGGUGGGAUUUAUAUGGACUAUCAAUCGAAAAAUAUGG